GACCAUUCGGAAAGGAAAAGUAAACAUUUCCAUGCGAGCUGCGGAACAGAAUGUAACAGGCUGACAAUAUAUUUUGGAGUGCGCAGUAAGGAUAGCUACCCUCUUGCAUAGACUAUGCUGUACCUGGAAAACAUAUUUGGAUUAACAGAUGAACAGUAGGCUAUUAACUAACCCGCGCUCAUUCCACAGGACCGCUAUACGCAUUUGCCUUUUAAAACAACGGAACCAUUGUCUCGACAAGCAGUGGGAUUUAUAAACCGAAGAUGGGUAUUUGUGGAUACUUUACCGUGUCUUGGAAGUGCCUGGUGGUUCUGUCUUUCAGACUGCUGUUUCUUGUCCCCGCAGGUUUGCCUGUCCACAGUCAAGGGGAAUCCCAAACCGAUAGUAAAGUGAUGGACAAUAUUACCGUCAGGCAAGGCGAAAACGUCUUUCUCAGGUGCGCACAGGGGGACAUCGUCACACACACGGCCUGGCUCAACCGGUCGAGUAUACUGUACGCCGGCGAGGAUAAGUGGUCUGUGGAUCCCAGGGUGAGCCUGGUUACACUCAAUCGGGAGGAGUUCACCAUCAAGAUUGAGGACGUGGACAUGACAGAUGAAGGCCCAUACAUCUGUGCGGUGCAGACGAGCAGCAGACCGAGGACGACGUCAGUGCACAUCCUCGUCCAAGUGCCCCCCACAAUCAUCAACUUGUCGAAGGACAUCGUGGUAAACGAAGGCUCGAACGUCACUCUGAUGUGCCAAGCCAGUGGCAAACCAGAACCCUCGCUCACCUGGAAACUUCUCUCUCCCUCAGUUGACUUGGUAUCGGAGGACGAAUACCUGGACAUCCCCAGUAUCUCCAGACAGAGAGCGGGGACAUACGAAUGCACCGCCAUCAACGACAUCGCCACAGACGUCCAGACCGUUGAGAUCACAGUCAACUAUGCCCCCAGUGUGUCAGAGGGCAGAGACGUUGGCGUGACCCUUGGCCAGAGAGGGGUGCUGGAGUGUGAAGUGGAUGCGGUGCCCAAGGCGGACUUUGAGUGGUAUCGAGAUGACAGAAGGAUCAUCAACGGUUUAGAUGGCAUGGAGAUCGAGGAUGCCGGGCAGCUCUCCAAGCUGACCUUCUUAAACAUCUCAGAGGCAGACUACGGCAACUACACGUGCAUCGCCAUCAACAAACUCGGCAGCUCCAACGCAAGCUUUGUCCUGUAUGAGGUUAUUGAGCCUACUAGCUCAACACUAGUGCAAGGACCCGGAGCAGUGCAGGAUGGGAACAGCGGCUCGAUGGGGACACACGUACACACCUACACCUGUCUACUAGUCAUCCUCCUUCCGUUUCUGCUCAAGUUUUGACGCAGUGGGCUUUCUGGCAUCCGAGGGCAAGGUUGCAUGUUUUGUGUGUUUUCUCUCACCUGGAACCACAAACGUGAUGCACAGUGUGCAUGGGCUACCCUACUACAUCAUGUCGAACCGCUAAAAAGUAUUAUGUAACAUAUACUUUUUUUAUUCAUUUUAGUUGAGUUUUAAGGACAUAACAAGUUGCUUUUUUUUGUUUAGUUUCGCCUCCCAUUAUGAUAUGAUUCUUAAAGUUUAUUCACGUGGGUCUCAAAAAUAGGCCUGUCCGAUGUGGUUUGUCUGUUAUUUACAUUUAAUUUAUCUCAAUUUCCCCCGACUGACAGUCAUCUUAGCCCCGAGAGUCUUAGCCCCAAGAGUUAAGUGUAUGAGGUAAACUAAACAAACACCCCAAACACAGGCAAGGACCAGAAGGACUGAAAUCCCUCUAGGACCUAAAAGCCUGUAAUCAUGUUUGUUUCUGCUGUAAUUAUUUUGGAUUCUGAUACAUUGACAAACCACAACCGGUUAAGAAGAAAUUUAAUUUUGACAAAUGUUCUUCUUCCUCUCAUCAUUGUAAAUUGUGAUCUUUUCAGCUGUUUGUGCUAUGCUAUUUUUUGUUUGUUUUUAACACAUAUUGAAAAGGGGUAAAUAAAAUAUAAAAGUUGUAUAAAUUUGU